AUUUAGCGUAUGUCUUAGCUUUCAGAGUGCUGGCACUGUAAGCAUCAAAGGGUGCAGACAGGAGAUUCAUCGUUCCGGUGUGAUUUCUCACGCUAGGUUCGGUACGAGCUAUGCCUCGUGUACCUCGUCGCUGUCCGAACAACGUCGAACAUUUUAUAAGGAAGUUUGGACCAGAGAAAAAGAGAAGCGUCAAUUUUUAGAACAAGAACGCAAUGUCAAUAUCAUUCGAGAGAAUGUCGAAUUUAUAUUAGGCAAAUGUAGAACUAAGAUAAAAAACGGCUGCUCAGAUUCUAUUAUGAUUGCGUAUACUGAAGUUGUCCAUCAUCUGGAACGGUUAGAUUUGUCGUCAAUUAGACCAGAAGUUCCUAUAGCAUCUGGUGUUAUCGAUCUUUCGGGUAGUAAAGAUUUAUUUACAAAUUUAUCAUUGAGGACAAAGCAGAUUUUGACGCAUCAUACAUUCCAUAAUGAGGGAAUUCCAGAGCAAAUAAAUAUGAUGAUAGAUGAUUUCGUAAGGACAUAUAAAGAUCUGGGACCUGAUUUUGAUCCGGUAUUUAUGCGACCAUUUGCUUUCCCACAAGGAGAAAUACCUGUUGAAUCCAAACGUAUACUGAUGACGGUCUUUGACUUAUUAGAAGGAUUGCGUCGUAUUUGGAGUUGUAGACCGUUGUUGACGGAAGAUGAAUAUAGCGAGAAUGCUUAUGUGAUUCAUGCAGUAUCAAAGGUUUUGGAUCCAAUCUUCACAUAUUCAAAAUGGCCACUCAAGCGUGCAUGGUCCGAGCAGAUGAGUAAAUCAUCACAAUCUAGGAUGGAGCGGAUGGAAGCUACGAAUUCAGGAAAGAAGCCAGAUUUGCAAGUUUUGCUAAAGCUUGAUAUGGCAGAAAGUGAACUUGUACUUGCUGAAUUUUCACGAUUACUCCCACAAUUAGACAAAGAAAUCAUCGACUGGAAAAAGGUGGUACGUAUUUGCAAAGAUUGUUUCGAUGAGCGGUAUAAUAUUUUCUUUAAUGGAAGGGACGACACCAGCGAUACAGCUAGAUCGAUAAACACCAAGUUAGGGAAGGUACCUAUUUUAGGUAUCCAAUUGGUUAUACCAUUACGCAUUUCUUCUCGUCAGACUGUGGAAGAAUUUUUAAAAAACGCUCUUGAAAUGAGGUCCGUAGUGGAAAAAAUUAUCGCAAUGACCGUGGAUAUAAAAGACGAAAUUAAUCUUUUGCGGGAAAUCGAAGAUCGAACCCCGUCAUCAUCAAUGAUGUCGACUACAUAUUCACCACCAAGAAAUUAUUAG